AUGAAUCGAUUGGACCGGAGUAACAAGGUGGAGUCCAUAUCCGGAAAAGUGACCUGUGGAAACCAUGUCCAACCCUUUGUCGACACGGACAUUGACGUCCACAGUGUCGAUGAGGAGGAGGAGGACGUGCAGGCACCCGAGAAGAAAGAUUCAGGAGAUGAUUUGGACUCAACUUUACAUGGGAUCAAAUAUGUGUUCAAUAAGAAAUACAAUGUUAUCCGCAGAUUAUCUUGGGUGUGCGUCAUGCUUGCGUCAUACUCUGCUUUAUUUUGGACGGGCAAUACAUUAAGAAUGAAGUACACCGCAUAUAUGACCAAAGAGGUAUCUUUAACAAAACGAACAUCUUCUAUCGCCUUUCCCGCCGUCACCAUCUGCAACUCAAACCUCAUAAAGGCAUCGCGUAUCAACAAUCCGAUAUCUAAAGCCAUCGUUCAAGUCCUCGUUGACGGAUCGCCUGAGCGCGAAUGGGACACUUUCGAGUUCAACGCAAUUGAUCACGCUUUAGAAACGCAACUGGAUGAGGUUUUCUGGGUCCACGCGCAGCAAGCGUCCGACAUGAUUUUAGAGUGCGCGUGGAAGAAGGGAUCGAAGGCGUGUGGAGCAGCGAAUUUCACCACGAAGAUCACCAGCGCUGGGGUGUGUUACACAUUCAACGAUGGCGAGUUUGAGGGCGACGAUGACGUCGAAGGCGACACGGGACUUGAACUUCUUGUGCACCGUCGAGGCGACGUACCGCUCGUCUCUGAUAUCGGGGUCGCCAUAAUGCCAGGUGUUCGAACUCUUAUUGCCAUCAAAAAGCAUACGCUGAACAUGCCUAAUCCAUACGACACCAAUUGUCGAAACGCCUCCUUGGAGUAUUACCCUUUUUACUCGGAGGGGGCGUGUCUGACGGAAUGCGAAACCAAGCAACUCGCAGAAGCGUGUGGAUGCAGAUUCCCAUACAUGCCAGGCUGCGACCUUGAAUUUCACUGUCAGAGGGCAUGUUAUACAGAGCAUUUCCAGAUGACCAUGAGCUAUCUUAAAGCACCAGGAAAGGACGACUCCCAACGGCUGCAAAAUCAGUUUAACUGGACUGGAGAUGAUGUUACGAGAAACAUCGCAGAGGUCGAGAUUUACUUUGCCGAUAUGAACGAGCAUCAUACCGAAAGCGUGGCUGCCUACAGUUUUGCCGAUUUGUGGGGUGAUCUUGGAGGACUCAUCGGUGUCCAUAUGGGAGCUAGCCUCCUAACAUUCUUCGAGGUCGUUGAUUACACCUUCGUCCACAAGAUUCUGCAAAUUCGCUUCUUGUGGAGGAAAAUCAAGUCAUUUUGUAGCCGGGAUAAAAAGAGACCAGCACUUGAUCAGUAG